AUGGCAUUUCCAGACAGAUUCCUUUGGUUUUGCUGCUUGGCUUGGCUGUGUUUUCCUAUUAGUCUUGGUUCUCAGGCAUCUAAGGCUGAGGCACAGAUUGCAAAUAGUGCUGAGUUGGAAUCUGGGGCUGUGGCUUGGUCCUUGCUGCAGCCACUAGAUGGGAGAGACAGACCUGACCUCCUUCCCCCUCUCUUCAAGGUUCUGUAUGAUGACCGAGGUGGGACUUCUAGACUGCAGCCUGACUCCCGAGCUUUGCGCUACAUGAAGAGGCUCUAUAAGGCAUAUGCAACCAAGGAAGGGAUCCCUAAGUCCAACAGAAGUCACCUCUACAAUACUGUCCGGCUCUUCACCCCCUGUGCCCAGCAUAAACAGUCUCCUGGAGACCAGGUAACAGGAAGCCUUUCAUCAGUGGACCUGCUGUUUAACCUGGAUCGUGUGAGUGCCGUCGAACACUUACUCAAGUCGGUCUUGCUGUACACUUUCAACAACUCACAAUCUUUUCCCUCUACUGCUAAAUGUGUGUGCAACUUACUGAUAAAAGAGCCAGAAUUUUUUAACAAGUCUUUCCCGAAGGUUACCUUCAACUCCCAGCUUGAAUUUCGGAAGAAGCACAAAUGGUUUGAGAUGGAUGUGACUAGACUCCUUCUACCCUUCGUGGCCUCCAACAAGAGAAGCAUUCUCAUGGCCAUGAACUUGACUUGCAUGAAAGACCAGUUACAGCAGCCUUCAGCUCAGGAUGCUGCAUUGAACUUGACUCUUCUGGUGCGACCCUCACUACUUUUGUAUCUGAACGACACAAGCACCCAGGCUUAUCACAGAUGGUAUUCUGUCCACUCUCAGAAGAUACCUGCCCAGUGUCCCCACCAUAAGAGAGGUGUGCCUGAUUAUGCCCCUGUGGAGCCCACUGUGGGUUCAAGGUCUUCUCGUCCCCGAAGGGAUCAACAAAGUGGCAGCUUGGAGUUGAAGAAGCCUCUGGUUCCAACUUCCUUGAACCUAAGUGAAUAUUUCAAGCAGUUCUUUUUCCCCCAGAAUGAGUGUGAGCUUCAUGACUUUAGACUUAGCUUUAGUCAGCUGAAAUGGGACAACUGGAUAGUGGCCCCUCAUAGGUACAACCCACGAUACUGUAAAGGGGAUUGUCCAAGGGCAGUCAGACACCGGUAUGGUUCUCCAGUUCACACCAUAGUUCAGAACAUCAUCUAUGAGAGGCUUGACUCUUCAGUGCCCAAACCAUCAUGUGUGCCAGCCAAAUACAGUCCCUUGAGUGUUUUGACUAUUGAGCCUGAUGGCUCAAUUGCUUAUAAAGAAUAUGAAGAUAUGAUAGCCACAAAAUGCACCUGCCGUUAGUGUAUGGUCCUCUAAACCAGAGCCUUGGGUCCCUUGGGCAAAGUUAGU